AUGCGAGGACUUUUAUUGUUUCUACUCAGCAUCUCUGCCUGUCUCACAUCCUCCUGUCAUGGUGCGAGUGCAGGCCCGCGGCUCGAUAACAGCCAUCUUUACAAAUUCAGCUACAGAACAGAGCUCAGCAUCAACCGGCCCAAUGGCUCAAGUCGAGGAAAUGUCGGAUUUAAGAUCUCCAGUGAUGUGGACAUCAGUCUGGCCUGGAGGAACCUGGAGAACCAUGAUGAGCAGCUCCUCAGAGUCCAGAUUUCUAAUGUUCAGAUCCAAAAUGUUGCCAACCGCUCACGCAAAAACAACAUCUUCUACGGCACCACCACAAAGGGAAUUCUGGGUAGAGAAAAGAACGAGGCACUGCAGAGACCCUUCAUGUUGCUCUGGAAAAUGGGCAAGGUGAGGAGUCUUUACACACACAAGGCGGAACCUGCGACCAUCAAGAACCUGAAAAGGGGCGUGGCCAGUAUGCUGAUGAUGCAGCUCAAGUCUGGCAAGAUGAUGGAGGCUGAUGCAUCAGGAAAGUGUCUGGUUGAGUACAAGGUUUCUAAAGAUGAGGUGAUCCGCAUGAAGCACACAGAGAGCUGCAAAACUCAGGAGACGGGAUUCACCACACACAGCCAGGUGUUGAGUGUGGGUGAGAAGUCAAGUUCAGUGACACUCAUCACUCUGCAAGGCAGCUUCAUCAAAUCUGCUGUUACCAAGGAAAUGCACAUCCUGUCAGUCAACGCUCGUCACACCACAGCUGCCAGAGUGCUGUCUGAGCAGUCACUCACUCUGCUCACAGUGACAGACGGACCUGCAGAUGUUUCUGGGAAAGAUGCAGCGAGCGUGGCGAAGAGUCUCGACCCCAAACUGGUCUCUGUGGGAGUGAUAACGGAGAAAACCAAGAUCCGCUGUAAAGCAUGUCCGACUCUGAUGGACACGUGGAAAGCAGUGCGUUCUCAGUUGGAACCGCAAUCUCUGGCUAAAUCUUCGGCUCCUCGCAGUUUCCUGUCUCUGAUCCACAGCCUGCGUUCAUCCAGCAAAGACCAAAUCCUGAGCGUACUUCGAAACUGCAGCAAGACUGCACUUCCUCAGUUGGUGGACGCGGUGACCUCAGCCCAGACUCCUGCCUCUCUGUCAGCCAUUUUGGAGUUUCUGGACUUCAGUAAAACAAAAAGUGAUAGUGUGUUGCUACAGGAGCGUUUCCUCUAUGCAUGUGGUUUCGCCUCACACCCCACUGAGAGCAUGCUACAGGCCCUGGUGGAUAUCUCGAACGGGAAGAUCGGCAGCACAGAAAUUAAGGAGUCAGUUGUGAUCAUCAUGGGAGCUUUGGUGAGAAAAUUGUGUCAGAAAGGAGGAUGUGAGCUACCGGUUGUGGUUCAGGUGAAGCAGCAGAUCCUUGCAGGACCUGAUAGCACUCAGGAUGAGGCCCAGGUUCAGAUGUACCUACUGGCACUGAAGAAUGCUCUCCUGCCUGAGGCCAUACCUCUGCUCACUCGAUUCGCCGAGUCCGAGACCGGAGCACUGAGCACCAGCGCUAUCACCGCUCUGCAGAGAUACGAGCCUCAGCUCAUCACCCGUGAGGUGAAACAGACGCUCAAUCGUGUAUACCAUCAGAACCGACGCGUCUAUGAGAAGAAUGUUCGCGCUGCAGCAGCUGAUGUGAUCCUGAGCAGUGGUCCAUCAUACGAGGAGGUGAAGAACCUGCUGCUCUCCAUUGGCUACCUACCCCACGAGAUGAACAAAUACAUGCUGUCCAAAGUGGAGGAUGUCCUGCGCUUCAACAUGCCUUCCAGUAAAAUAGUACAGGAAGUCCUGAAAGAUAUGAUCACACAGAACUAUGACCGUUUCUCAAAGAUCGGAUCCUCAUCCGCCUACUCCGGCUACAUGACACGGGGCGCUGAUGUGACCACCACCUACAGCUUGGACAUUCUGUACUCGGGUUCAGGAAUCCUUAGGAGGAGCAACAUGAACAUUUACGGCCAGAGCAACGGCGCCCUCCUGCACGGCCUUCAGGUGGCCAUCGAGGCUCAAGGUCUGGAGUCUCUGAUAGCAGCAACGGCUGAUGAAGGUGAGGAGGACCUGGAGUCAUUUGCUGGAAUGUCAGCGCUGCUCCUGGAUGUUCAGCUUCGGCCCGUGACCUUUUUCAAGGGCUACAGUGACCUGAUGUCCAAGAUGUUCUCUAUAUCUGGAGACCCUAUAAACGUAGUGAAGGGUCUCAUCCUGCUCACUGACCACUCUCAGGUGAUCUCUCUGCAAUCUGGUCUGCGGGCCACUGUGGAGUUCCAGGGCGGUUUGGCCAUUGAUAUCUCUGGAGGAAUGGAGUUUAGCCUUUGGUACCGGGAAUCUAAGACUAGCGUCAACAACAGGGGUGCUCUGGUUGUUGUGGGCAACGUGACGGUGGAUGCAGACUUUCUGAGCGUGGGGAUGGAGGUGAGCUUUGAGACAGAGGCGAAGCUUGACUUCAUCACCACUGUGCAGUUCUCAGAGUACCCCUUCCUGGUGUGCAUGCAGAUGGAUAAAUCAACGUUCCCAUUCAGGGAGGCGGUGUAUAAAAUGGAGACGUUGUCUUCUGGAGAGCCAUACACCUGGCAUAGGAGUCGCGAGCAGCUCAUCCCCGGCUCCGAGUUUCCUCUUCAUCAGGAAAACUCCAAUAUGUGUAAGAAAGUGUUUGACAACAGCUGGUAG